ACGUGAUGUCGAACCGGCAGAGUAACCAGCUGCCGAACAAUCUGCCCCAGCUGCAGAACCUUAUCAAGAGAGACGCAGAGUCCUACAAGGAGGAGUUUCUCCAGCAGUUCAGGCAUUUCCAGUCUACAAUGGAGGUGUUUGAUCUUGCUCCAGAUAAGUUUAAUACAAGCCUUGAUGAACUCGUCAUGUUUCUAGCUCAGGUUAGUUUUAAAAACUUCAUGUACUCUAUGCUGAAAGACUCCCACGCUAUCGCAGCUAAAACAUCUCUAGAAGUUAUGAUUUCAUUGUACAAGAAAGACGUAUGGAAAGAUGAGAAGACAGUGAAUGUAAUGGUGACCGGAAUAUUCAGCAAGGUGACUAAGAUCAUGGUGACGGCGCUGAAGUUCUUCCUGGGAACCGACGCCGACGAGGAGGACGAGGAGAGCGACGACGAGACCAUGCCGACCGUGAAGGAGGUCGCCCUCGCCAACAGGGUGAACAAGAAGACUAAGAAGAGGGAGAAGAUGUUGCAGAACAUUAAGAAGACGCACAAGAAGAAGAAGAAGAAGGACAAGGCCCCCGUGUUCAAUUUUUCGGCCUUGCACCUGAUUCAUGACCCGCAGGACUUGGCGGAGAAGCUGUUCAGGAAGCUGGAGACAUUGACGGAAAAGUUCGAGGUUAAACUCAUGCUUCUAGAACUUGUCUCUAGACUUAUAGGAACCCAUCAGCUGCUGAUCUUGAAUUUCUAUCCUUAUAUUGCUCGUUUCCUUGCUCCACAUCAGAGAGAGAACAACGAAUCCUGAGCUUCUACACAAGAAGGACCGAGGCCGACCCACGGAGGCCGUUGUGGUGAUGAAGAGGAAGGGGUUCGGAGAAGGAGAUGUGUUCGAGCAUGUACCCGGAGCAGAGGUUCUGGAUCUGGAAGAACCAGAGGUCUCUGAGCCCCCGGUUAGAGCAGGGAAGAGAAAGAGAGGAGAUGACGAAGAAGAAGAUGAUUCUGGUAUGGAAGUGGAUGAUAAUGAGGAGGAGGAGGAGGGAGAUCAUCUAACCCUUGAGGAAAAGCAGGAAAAAGCGCGCGCUGUAACCCUGGGGCGUAUUUUGACCGACGAAGAUUUUAGAAAAAUCGACGCGGCACAACUGCGCAAGCAGGUGACCGGAGUUAGGAAGGGGAAGAAGAGGAAGGUGGUGGAAGAGGCGGAUGAGACGGUUGGAGGACGGGAUGAGCUGGUCAGCUUAGAGAACAUUGAGAUGAUCUACGGGAGGAAGAAGAACGACAAAGAAGCAAGGAUGGCAUCUAUUAAAGAGGGUCGCGAGGGACGGGAAAAGUUUGGUCGAGGAAAAACUAAACUGAACGAGCACGCGAGUACUUCGAACAAGCAGAAGAACAAGGCCAAGAACUUCAGCAUGAUGAAGCACAAGAUCAAGAACAAAGUAAAGAGAUCCUUCCGAGAGAAGCAGAUGGAUUUACAGAAGAGAUUGUUAAAACAACAGAAAUUUCAAUCGAGUUAAAUAUUAUUUUCAAUUAUUAUUAUUUGCAGAA